AUAAUAAAGCAGAACGGAUUUUAAAAAUAUGUUAGACACAAUUGUCCUACUAGGACAUUUCAAGGGUCAUGAUUUAUUUGUAUAUUCACAUGGAUGGCUCAGAUAAACCCCUUAAUUUUAUAUCAAUCCUAAAUAUACAUCUUCCCGCCCAAACAUUAAGCCUCCUCCCUACCCACGUCUCCCCCCAACUUCUCUGCUCUCCAACCAAAUCACGUCUCUCCUCCAUCCCUCUAUCUUCCCGCACGUCUCCCCCACCCUUCUAUCUUUAUCUCCCUUCUAUCUUUAUCUCUCUGAUCUCCAGCCAAAUCACAUCUCCCCUCCAUCCCUCUUUAUCUCUCUCUCUCUCUCUCCCUGUUCUUCUUCUUCCCGAAACUGCUCUCCUUCAACCACAGAACACCUUGGAUCCUCUGUUUCUCAACCGCUCAGGUAUGUGUAUAAUUCUUCCCGAAACUGCUUUACUUCACUUUACUUUGAAUUGAUCUCCUUCAACCACAGAUUUGGUUCGUCUAGCUGUGCUUCAACCGCUCAGGUAUGGCAAUCUCUAUCACAACUGUUCUUCUCACCCUUUAGAAUCAGAAUAAGGUUGUAAACUGAACUCAACAAUUUCUAUUAUUUUAAUAUGAUACGUGCCUUCAGUGAAUUUUGAAUUGAGACUAAGUAUCAAAAUUCAGUGAAUUUCCCGAAUCAGUGAAUCAAAAUUCAGUGAAUAAAUUCUGUCCUUCAACCACAGAUUCGGGAAUACUACCUUGCGAUCAGAAAAUUCAGUUAUUCACAAUUUUAAUAUGAUGUGUAUGAUUAACUGUAUUUUGAAUUGAGACUAAGUAAAUCAUAACCCAUGGUAUUGAGAAUAACAGAUUCAAUUUCGAUUUCAGUAUUGCUAGACGAUUCGAAAUGGAGGUUUCUCUGGGCUGAUUCGUAUGGAUUUGGAGGUCUGAAUCUGGGUUUACAGAGUGGGUUCAAUGUGGAAGAGCUCUCUUCAAUCCCAAACUUAAGGUCUUAUAAUUAUUACUCUGAUGAUCAACACUGUGGUCUCUGCCACAAGAAGAAGCGCGUUAAUGGAGAAAACUUUGGGUUAUCUCCUCCAAUCAAUGGCUGUGAUUUUCUAGGAUUGAAUCUACGAAACAAGCGAAUUGUCGACGGAGAGAAUCAGGAUCUCAGCAUGGGAGCUCUGGGUUAUGGGCAGUGGCAAUGUUGAUCAGGUGAAGAAGGAGCCUUAAGCAGGUGCAAGAGACUCAAUAGAUAGUGCUUUUUUUUAUCUAUCAAGUUUAAUUACUGAAAGUUGUGUAAUGUGUUUGUCAUGGAGAAUUGUGAUGGAGAAAAAAUAUGAUUUGAAAACUAAAAUUUUAUAGAGAAAAAAGCCCACUAAAAUGAUGAUGUAAAAACUUGAUUUUAUACAAAAUUUUCAUAUUGAUAUUUUUGACAAGAAUGAUAUGAUAUUAUGAUAAUAGCGUUUUUAAAACUACACAGCAUAAUGAUUUUGUUUUUGUUUUAAAGCAAUAGAAUCAAUUUUUCAAUAUAAAAUGAUGUGAAUUUUUUGCACCUUAAAACUACAAUGAUCAUGGUUUUGUCCUAAAAUGAAAGCUCCAUACAAAAACAAAUUGUUUUGUAUGAAAAUUCUAUUUAUAUAGUAUUAUCCUUGGAAAUAAUAAGAAAUUUUGAUUGGCUUUUUAAUUUAAAAUGGAUGAAUACGAAUUUAACACCAUAUCAUUUUGUAUAAUUUUUGUGUUUUUAAUUUAUACAUCAUUACUUUAAAAAAACACAUGCAUAAAAAUUGAUUACAAAAUUAAUCAAGGUCCUAUGACAUAUCUUUAAGAUCACUCUUGUAUUUUUUGAUUAUCUCUAUCGGUAUUUUCUGAUUUCAAUGAGUGGGGAAUUGAUGGACAAGGUGUGGGUUUUUUUUUACAAAUUUCAAUUAUAUACAUACAUAUAUGUAUCUCUGUGUAUAUUGACUUAUUUAUGUUCUGGAUCUUAUUUUUUGUCUCAGGCUUGCUUCGUUGUGGCAAGAGUUGUAGAAAAUUUGAAAACAUUGAUUUGAGUUGCUGGAUCUGCUUGAUUUUUGUUGUUGUUGUAUAAUAGUAUACAAUCUACUGGAACAACAAUAGAUCAUGCAUUUUCCCAAAACAUAGUAUAAUAGUAUAUCAAAUGUGUGUGUAUGAAGUGCUACUGCUGAAGUUUUGCAUUUGCAGAUGGAGGCAGUCGUUUGCAUUUCUAAAUUUUAUUCACUAAAUUUUUUAUUCAAUUCCGGAUUAAUUUUUUAUUCACUAAAUUUUAAUGGGUUCCUUAUUUUAAUAGUCUGAUAUACACACAUAUAGAAAUACUAAGAAACUUGA